GGAGAUGCAGCUCAGAAAUUGAUUGUUGAACUAAAUCAUUGUUAGUUCGCGAAGAUCCUUCGAAUUUAAGUUAUUCAACUGUAAAAAUGGCCGGUGAAGUGCUUGUUGAUGCUCUGCCGUAUAUAGACCUUGGAUACGAUGAUCCUGGAGUGCGUGAAGCGGCCAUUGCAAUGGUCGAAGAGGAAUGCCGUCGGUAUCGACCAACGAAAAACUAUCUGGAACAUCUACCCGCACCUAGCUCAUCCACAUUCGAGACGGAAUUGAUGACGGCCGAAUUCGAGCGAAUCCAAACCCGCUUACCAAUGGAAUCUCUCAGCAUGAAGCGGUACGAGCUUCCACCGCCACCCGCAGGGAAAAUGUCAGAAGUAUCGGCCUGGACCGAAAGCGUCGACAACUCGAUGGCCCAGCUGGAACACCAAGCCGUUCGGGCGAUGAAUCUAGACCUGAUGAUGGAGUACGGCUGUGAGAUGUGGAAGUCCUAUCUGGAGGUGCUGACUGCGAUGCAGGCAAAAGCCCAGACCCGUCUGGAGGCAAUCAAGAAGGAAAUUCAGGACGUUAACUGGAAGCGAAAAUCAAAGCAAACUCAAGGAGGUGAAAAAUUGCGCUCUUUGGAGGCACAGUGGGUUAUGCUGGUGUCGAAGAACUACGAAAUUGAGCAAGCUUGUGCUAAGCUGGAGGAAAGGAUUUAUCAGAAGAAAAUCGAGAAAGGCUUGCUACCGAGUGCUGGGGUCAACGGUGAUGAUGUGAUGUAAUAUGCGAAAUAAAUGGCUU